AUUCACUAGCGAAUGAAGGAAGACCUGAAAGCUGGAAACAGCUCAUCUCUUCCAUCAAUCGCGAGAAACAAAAUUCAAGUAUAAGCCCAAAUCUGUUACAAAAACUAAAACUGCCAGCCCACCUUACCUUUUCUUUAUUGUCCUUAUCAUUUCCCCGUUAAAUUUGUCAAUCGGCUUUUCUAAUACGAGACAAUUCUCUAUUUUCAGACUAUUCCCACUACGCCAUUUUACUCGUACAGUCAGUAGAGUACAUAAGAAAAAUAAAAUAAAAUCCAAACGGAAAGCCUUAAACGACGUCGUUUAUUUGUAGUCGUUAGAUUGUCCCCUCUCAGAUAUUUCACGGUGCCGCAGAACCAGUCCUACUUGGAAAUUUCCCAAAAUUAGAUUAUUCCAGAGUUUCAACAAAAAAAUCUCACAUCUUAAAACCUCAACAAAUCCUAAAAAUUCACAGAGAAUUAAGGAAACCAUUUUUCCAACUCCAUAAUUGGAUUUUGAUCUUUUAUUUGUUGUCUGAACUGUGUCUGAACUCAUUACAGAAUUUCCAUAACUUUUUGAUGGGGAAAGGAGGUGGCUGUGUUCCGAGCAAGAAGAAAGUCCCUUCCACGCUCGAUGAUCAGCGCGUCGCUAGGGACGCGCCAAUCAAGAUCGAGGAAGACGGCGCCACCGCGGAGCCAAACGCCGCCGCGGAAACCGCCGCAGGAACCGCCGCGCCACCUCCAGCUGCGAAGCUGAAAAUCUUCAUCGUGUUUUACUCGAUGUACGGUCACGUGGAGGGGCUGGCUAGGAGGAUGAAGAAGGGCGUGGACGGAGUUGAUGGGUUGGAGGGGGUGCUGUACAGGGUGCCGGAGACGCUGUCAGGUGAGGUGUUGGACCAGAUGAAGGCGCCGCCGAAGGCGGAGGGGAUCCCUGAGAUCACGGCGGCGGAGCUUACUACGGCGGAUGGGAUUUUGUUCGGGUUUCCGACGAGGUACGGGUGUAUGGCGGCGCAAAUGAAGGCGUUUUUCGACACGACUGGGCAGCUCUGGAAUGAGCAGAAGCUUGCGGGCAAGCCAGCCGGGUUCUUCAUCAGUACCGGCACCCAAGGAGGCGGUCAAGAAACCACUGCUUGGACAGCAAUCACUCAGUUAGCACACCAUGGAAUGCUAUUUGUUCCUAUUGGGUACACCUUUGGAGCUGGUAUGUUCAAGAUGGACUCCAUUCGGGGGGGUUCUCCAUAUGGUGCUGGAGUUUUUGCUGGUGAUGGCUCAAGACAACCAACUGAAACAGAGCUGGCGCUUGCAGAGCAUCAGGGCAAGUAUAUGGCUUCGGUAGUCAAGAGGCUCAGCGAAGGAUGAUGAUCACAUACUACAGUUCUUGUGUAUACAUUAAUUCAAGUUUAUAUCAAAUCAUAUCCGUUCAAUUUGUGAUUGGUCUUUGGACUUCUGCUUAUUGCAGUCAGUUUUUUCUUCUAUUUGUUCUCUCUCGCUCCCUCCUUUCUUCUUUCUGUCAGUGUUACUCUUAAAAAAGCUGUACAUGGUUUGAAAUUCUUCCAUUCGAUUCAUCAAAUAAUAAUGCCAAAUUGUCAAUG